CCCGAAAUGGCCUACCUGCAGGCCUUGGUAUCCGCGGGUAUCACGUAUGACGUCACAAAAGCAUGUGGUACAGGCACGGUCCUCCAGUGCGGAUGCGACCGGGUAUUCGGUCAGAAUAACCCCGAUGUCGAAUGGAAGUGGGGCGGUUGUUCGGAUAAUCUCGAAUACGGCAAUCAUUUCACAGAAACGUUCAUCGACGACUCGACGGGUAAAAAGACGGCGGCUGAUCUGAUGGCGGUACAAAAUUACAAAGCCGGAAGAAAGGUCAUUGAGAAGAAUAUGACGAUCAAGUGCAAGUGUCACGGUGUAUCCGGAUCCUGUACGUCAAAGGUUUGCUGGAACGCCAUGCCCAAGUUACGUCAAGUCAGUGAGUUCCUCUUGAAAUCGCACAUACAGGCGUACCACAUGACUUACUCAAAACGGAGCCUCAGGUUGCGGCCCCUCCAGGAGCGAAACCGAAACCCUUCCAAAACGGACAUCGUGUAUCUCACCCCGUCACCCGACUACUGCGAGCCCAACAAGCGGCACGGGUCGGUCGGGACGCACGGACGGCGGUGCAACAAGACAAGCACCGGUGUGAACGGAUGCAGACUAAUGUGCUGUGGGCGUGGCUAUCAAACUAUGCUAAGACACGUGACUGAAAGUUGCCACUGUCGAUUCCAGUGGUGUUGCUCGGUGGAAUGUGAAACAUGCAGUCGCGUUGAGGAGCUUCAUGUAUGUAACUGAUGCCAUGACAUGCCUUAUUGGACAAUUGAACAUUUUUUACGCAAAAUGAAUAUAUUUAAGAAGUCUUUUAAAAUGUUGAUAUUAUUGCAUAUCUAUAUAUUUUGGUGCUGUUAUUCAUUUUUUUUGUUCUAAUGAUAAUGUCCUUUCCGUGGUCGACAAUAUUUCUCUGUGGUAUGUGCUUGCUCAUUAACUCGGCAUGCUACAUUUCAAUGAAUCAUAGUGAAUUACCACUUGAAACCGAUACAUAUUUUACAAUUGUUGAAUGAAUGACGUCAUUUAUCUAUUUCUAAUCAAUGAUGUGCCUAAAAGUUAUGUUUAAUGACAGGUUUUGUGCAAGGAACCUUGAAGAAUGCAAAAAUGUGUCAAGGUCUGCCAGGGUUAAAACUUAUUAAUAGAUGGUCUGAAUAUUUGGUUUGUAUGAGGGUUCUUCGACUUCAGUUAUUUAUUUGCCUCUCAUGCAUAAAAAUAUAAUGAUUGUAAGUAUGGUAACCACGUGGGGUUAAUAAUGGUAAUUGACAAGGUGUCAACCGCUAAAUUGACAAUUUAUUUUUUGAUUAACGGUAAGAGCGAUCACAUUCAUUCAUCACAAAACCUUGAUUGAUGUGAUACAGCUCUUUAAUCAAAAGAGCCCAACUUUGCACUUUUGAUGAAAUUGUUUUUAGUAUUAUAAAGGGUGCAGACCAAAGCAACAAUGUGGGUACGUUUAAAGGUAUAACGUUGCUCCUUCCCUGCACCUUUCAGAAAGGAAAACACAUUUAGUAUGUCUGAACCGGCUCCAUAUUACACAGAACGAAGAAGCUUGACAGACCACUGAAAGACCGAAAAUUGGCAAGGUCUCUCAACUCUGAAAGACUGAUUGAUACUCAUUGUCUUGCUGAACUUAGACUGAUCUUUCAGUGAUCUUUCAGUAGUAUUUCAUUGGUAUUUUAGAGAGCUUUUAUGCAACAAAUGGUCAUUCGGUAAUCCUUCCAUGGACAUUCACUGGUGUUUCAAUACAAUCAUCUUUUAAUGAUCUCUCAUGAGCCUUUCAAUGAUUUCCGCAAACAUCUUAAAAGAGACUAUCGAAAGAUCAUGGAAAGAUUAUUGAAAGACUAAAACAAGACAUUUCAAACUUCAUGUAUCGGUUCGAGAUUGAUAUUUUCUUUUUGGAAGACUUUUUAUAUUUAUAUUUGUUUCAUUUAAACAUACCCUACGAAUAAAUGACAGAUACAAAGAGAAAAUUAUAAUUUCUUGAAAUUUUUUUAAUGCUUUUCUUAUAGUGGGAUAGAGCAAUAUAUCAAACGAUUGCUAUUUUUCUGUUGUUAAAUAGCACAUUUCCUCCCUUCCAUUUUGUAUUAAUGGCAAAAUGUUGAUUAAUAAGUUAUUCACUCGACGAAAAUCGUGGCAGUGUUGGGGUGAAAUUAAUAAAGGAGUGUGACGUCACUGUGAGACAGAAAUAAUCACAUUCGCUAUCAAAAUGAAAUAUUUUGACUAAGAAUUUAAUCAGUGUAUUGCUAUCAUUUGCGACCAAUAUUAAUGUUCUGCGGAAUACGUGUUCCGAUAACCGAUUGCCUUAUUCACCAUGAAUAAGCUUUUCCAAGGUUAAUAAAACGUUUUUCAAUAAAGAA